CCACAAAAUAUGAAGAUAAGAGUCUAUACCAAAUUGGAUAUUCUCUGAAAUAUACAUUGUAUUCACCCUCCCUCAAUUAAUCCUCAUUUUGAAUGAUGUCUACUUCAUCUUCUAUGUUCACACCCUUGAUGUAAUCCUCCCAACCCACCAUGUCCAUAAACCAAAAUCUCUCACCAUAGCCUUUGAUUUUCUCUUGUUUUUAUCCAACCUCUUUCCUUAGAUUCCUUUCUUCUAUCUCUUCUAUAUAUAAUCCUUUUUGGAAGAAUGUGUACGCUUUCGUAGUUUAAUCACCCAAAUGGUUUGCCUUUCGGUAUUUGACGCCAAAACAAAAAAUAAUGGCCACCAAAGUUGAAAAUCAAGCUUUGUGGGGCACUCCAGCCCUCCCCAGAUCUCCAGAUCCUGAAAGUUAAUGCUUCUCGUCACAUUCUCAAAUUUGCAAGGAAAUUAUGUCUUCCAAGCUGAUUUGGCAAUCUUCUUCAGUCAUGGGGCCCUCCUCCAAAGAUAAAACUACAAGAAAAUAGUUUAUUUGCAGGAAGAGGAUUGCAGAGAAGUGAUUAUUCUUACUUCUUAAUCAAAUAGAAGAGGGAAAAGAAAAGAAAGGAAGAGGGGAAAUCCCAUCUAGGUAUGUCGAUGAAGCUUUUAUUUAACAAUUUCACAGCCCUGGUUCUACUACUACUCUCUGCAACAAGUGAAGCUUGCCACUCUUCUUGUGGCAAAUUGGGUAACAUAACUUACCCUUUCCGACUGAAAGGUGAUCAGCAUAGCUGUGGGAAGGUCAACUAUGAACUGGAUUGUGAGAAUAAUCAUACAAUCUUGCACUUAUACUCUGGAAAAUACCAUGUAGAAGAAAUCAAUUAUGAUACCUUCACAAUGAGGGUUGUUGAUGUUGGUCUACAGAAAGAUAAUUGUUCUUCUUUGCCUCUUCAGUCUUUGAUGCAUGGAAAUUUUAGCCAUGGGGAUCCAUAUGAGCUGUCAGCUUUCAAUUCAGCCGUAAAUUUCCUGGAGUGUGCAGCUCCAGUGAAGUCUGCCCCCUACCUGGAUACAGCACUUUGCAGUAAAAACAGUUCUUCCAACCUCUCUUUAUCUUUAUCGCAAACACAUUCUUAUGUUGUAGUUGGUGACAUAAGAGCAUCAGAUGUGGAGGACUCUUGCAGUAUUGGCAUGGUGGUUUGGGUUUCUAAUAGCCACCUGAAGAUCAACAACAGUUCCUUUUCAGGCAUCCACAAUGGGCUGCUAUAUGGGACUGAGCUUUUAUGGCCUCGUAUUUGCUACCUUGAUUAUGUCCUUUGGAAAGUACAACUGCCGUGUGCUUUGUUGGAUCCAUUUUAUUUCUCUGCGAAAUAUGGUGGCCCUUACUUUGAGCUUAAUAUUGCACUGAGAUGUUGUGGGAUUCCAUGUGUGUUUGUGUUCUUGAUCUAUAAAUGGCGAAGAAGGAAUUUGUGGAUCUACAGUGACAUUGAAGAGUUCAUUCAAAGUCACAACAACCUAAUGCCAAUUAGGUACUCUUACUCAAACAUUAAGAAGAUGACAAAAAAUUUCAAGGAAAAAUUGGGUGAAGGAGGUUUUGGUUCAGUGUUUAAAGGAAAGCUUCAAAGUGGCCGUCUUGUAGCUGUAAAGAUGGUCAAUUCCAAAGCCAAUGGACAGGAUUUUAUCAAUGAAGUUGCUACAAUUGGAAGGAUCCAUCAUGUCAAUGUGGUCCAACUAAUUGGAUUCUGUGCCAAGGGAUCGAAGCGUGCUCUUGUAUUUGACUUCAUGCCCAAUGGGUCUCUGGACAAGUACAUAUUCCCUCGAACAGAAGCAAAUAUCUCUUUGAACUUUGAGAAAAUGUAUGAGAUUUCUCUAGGAGUGGCUCAUGGGAUUGAAUACUUACACCGAGGUUGUGAUAUGCAAAUCCUACAUUUUGACAUCAAGCCUCACAACAUUCUGCUUGAUAAGAAUUUCAGUCCAAAGGUUUCAGACUUUGGCCUUGCAAAACUGUAUCCAACAGAUCAUAGCAUUGUGUCUGUAACUGCAGCAAGAGGGACAAUGGGAUAUAUGGCUCCAGAGUUGGUUUACAAAAACAUUGGGGGAGUCUCAUACAAAGCUGAUGUUUAUAGUUUUGGAAUGUUGUUGAUGGAAAUGGCAGGCAGAAGGAAGAAUUUGAAUGUGUUUGCAGAGCAUUCCAGCCAAAUGUACUUUCCUUCUUGGGUGUACGACCAGUUCUCUGAAGGAAAGGACAUAGAAAUGGGAGAUGCCACAGAGGAAGAGCAGAAACUUGCAAAGAAGAUGAUCAUAGUGGCCUUAUGGUGCAUACAGCUGAAGCCGAGUGAUCGACCUUCAAUGAGCAAAGUGGUAGAGAUGCUAGAGGGGAAUGUAGAACUCCUGCAAAUGCCUCCAAAGCCCUUCUUAACUCCACAAGAGGUGCCAGCUGAGGACCAUUGAAAUAUUUGAACAAAUCUUCCAUUUCCCUUCAGGUAGUGUUAUCCUAUGUCUUGUUUCAUUCUCUGUAUCUCACUUGCCCUUGAAAUAUUUGAAUCAAUCUUCCAUUUUCCUUCA